ACCACCCCCACAGUGAUUAGUUGUAAGGGGAAAAAAAAAACAAAACCCUCCACUUGCACCAGGGAGAGGUUUUUCCCGAACUGGUGUGCAGAGGGGGAGAAUUUGAUUACAAUCAUGCUUGAAGGAGUAAGGCAUAAUUGUGUUCUGAAGUGCCAGUGACCAGUCUAGUUCUAUUUUGCUGUUUAAUUAAAAGAGGCUGGGGGCAGCACUUAACAUUUUUAUAAGAUGGAGAGAUUUAUAGUUGAGCGAAGUUGUGUUCCCAUACGGGUGCAGCCAGAAUUGUCUGUUUUUGGUUUUUCUAUUUUUGGUGGAGAAUAAAUGUAGGGUUUUCUUUAUCUUUAAAGCUAAGUCAAGUCAUUUCUGCAAUUGGAUUAUGAGUUCAUUUUCCUAAAUUGUGGGAAACCGUGCGCGGAGAGGUCUGGGGAGAAUGCAAAAAUAGAUAUGAGAGCACGAUGCCUAUUCCUGAAUUAACACAAUAUUGCGAUGGCUAAUUUGUCUUUAGAAUAGGUGUUGUUGGAUCCAUUUCAAACUUCAGCUUUAAUUGAACAAGUCAGUAGGAACACUUGUACCUUUUUGAUUGCCAAUUAUGUAAUUUUGUAGUAUUAAAAAUGCUGCAUAGUUGUGUCUUUCUUUCUACCAGGAUGAAGCAGGACAUUUUCUAGUCAGUGAAUGAGGAAGAGAUUUAAACCGGAUCUAGAGCCAACACUUCAGUCUGAUGUACUGCAUUAGCCUCUUAGUCUCAUGAAUUUUUGAUGUGGUUCUUGAGGAAAAAAAAAUGAUCCCAGAUAGUUUUUUUAAAAAAGGAAUUUAUCUAGUAUAUAAUCUGUUUAAUAAUUCCCUAAUAUUUUGAUUUGCAGUCUUUGGACUGGGCCCAAGCUUAGUCAUAUUUAGAACAAGAAAUGGACCUCAAGUUGAUCAUGAUCCACUGAAGCCUCUUUGAUUUCAGCUUACUGUAAUCCUGAUUCUGAAAUGUAAAUUGUAUAUGCAUGCUUGGCUAUAUAUGUGGCCUGGUUUUGUCAAGAUGAAAAUUCUAUAGAAAUGUAAAAUAUUCCAAUGGUUGGCAUUAACAUUAGGUAUGAUUAUUAUCGCUAUGAAGUAAUAUGCGUUAUUAUCCACGUAUUGCAAGAUGAGGUAAGUGGAGAGAAACUGAGGUUGAAACAAGCUUCUUAUAAGCUAAGGUGGAAACCAGGGAUUUCAGCCCAUGAUCUUAAAUACUACAUUACUUAUAAGACAACACAGAGAAUUUUGCUGCUUCCUUUUAAGUCCCUGUCUACCACUGAUGAUUAAAAAAAAAUGUACAGAUCUAAAAUUAUGAUUUUCUAGCUUUGGCCGCAGAACUACAUUUGAAGUCAAAACAAAACCAGUUUGGAUGACACAACAAAUCCCCUUUGGGGUGGUGGCAGUCCUAACAAGGCGAGGCGUGUGUCUGAACUGUAAAGAAAAUUUCCACUUGUAAUGAUCCAAAAGCUUGGUACAGUAUUACCAGUCUCAGCUUCACUCAUUGGUAUGCAGUGAUUUCACAAGAAAUAGAUUGCAACAUUGCUUACAGUGAAAGAACUCUGAGCCUCUGACCUUUUUCAGCAAUUCUCCAUUAGAUCCAGAGGGGCCUUAACGAAAGGCCUGGGUCUUCUCAAUGCUUCUUUAAUAAUUUGGGAUUCUUCCUAGGGGGCUUGGAUGUGUUGCUAAUGCAUUGGUGAGAGAGUAUGCCUGCUCUGCUUGGGUUAGGCACGUCGCAAUGUAAGAAAUCCUCCCCUUAAGAGGCAGCUUUUCUUUUUUAUCUGUGGUGUUUCUAGACAUUCUAAGCCAGGCUUCUUUCUGUAUUUCCCAAAGGAUUCUGAAUUAAUGUCUAAAAACCAGAACAUUGUCUUAAGGCUGAAGUUGAAAUGAAAGGGUUUUCUUUUUUAGUAUGACAGGUUAAACCGUAUCACAACAGCGGUGAUGGGGAGGAUCAGUUUGCAUUGGUGCAGCAGAAGCCAAGUUGAAUUCUGAUUCCCGAGGAAACAGAAGCAUCUUCUCUGCCAGUUAACCUCAAUAUCCUUGGCGGUUUUUGCAACUCCUUUUCCUCAUCCCUUUCCACCUAAACUGAUGACCAAGGAUUCUACCAUAGCUCUAGCUUUUGCUUGCCAAUUUCAGAAGAUGGGCUCAUUCCGAAAGCCCCGGCCACGUUUCAUGAGCUCCCCGGCGCUGAGCGAUUUGCCGCGAUUCCUGGCAGCUCGGCAGUCUCUGCAGUUCAGCUCUAAUUCUGCCUGGAACAGUGUUCAAACAGCAGUGAUCAAUGUGUUCAAAGGGGGAGGCUUACAAAACAAUGAACUCUACAUCCUCAACGAAAAUGUCAGGCAGUUGUUGAAGAGUGAGCUCGGAUCCUUCAUCACAGACUAUUUUCAGAACCAGCUUCUUGCAAAAGGCUUGCUGUACGUAGAAGAGAAAGUUAAGUUUUGUGAAGGAGAAGAUCGUAUCCAGGUAUUAUCUGAAACCUGGGAUCACUUCUUCACAGAGACUCUUCCCACACUACAGGCUAUAUUUUACCCUGUUCAGGGCCAAGAAUUAACCAUUCGUCAGAUUUCCUUGCUUGGCUUCCGAGACUUGGUCUUAUUAAGAGUAAAGUUGGAUGAGAUUCUUCCUCAGGUCCAAAGUGACCUUCCACCUUCCAUUGUCCAGAUGCUGCUGAUUUUACAGGGAGUCCAUGAACCUACAGGUCCCAGUAAGGCGUUUAUGCAAUUAGAGGAACUUGUGAAACUGGUAGUUUCCCCAUACCUUGGUUUGUGUGAAGAACAUUGCUUCCCUGGCAGUACCUGUGCCCUGGAGAGACGGUAUUACAGAUCUCGUUACAAACCCAAUGGGCUGAGCAUCUCUUCUCACACAGUGGCAUCCCGACAGGUCAGUGAGACUGCCUUGACACCCCUGACUGAACAGGAAGGUGAGGCUUACCUUGAGAAAUGCGGGAGCAUCCGUCGGCAUACUGUUGCCAAUGCUCAUUCUGAUAUCCAGCUGUUGGCCAUGGCUUCUAUUAUGCACUCAGGCAUGCUGGUGGAAGAGCCAGACAGUGGCGACCAAUGUCUCCUCUUGCAACCCAGUUUGAACCACAGGCAGUUUUCUAGUGAGCCCAGCAUAGCAGAUGGACCAGAAGGACUGGGCACCCCAGGCAUAGAGGAGCCUGCAGAACUGAAUUGCACAUCUGUCUGUUGAAACAGAGGAAGAGACCACUCGUGCACAGCAAAGCAAGCCAUCGUUCCUUUUCAUGUUGCUUGGAUCAAGAAUUGGAUCUACAGGGCACAUCCUGGAGCUGAUUGUUUUCUUAGGCUCUAAUAUUAUGAGGGGCCUUUCUGCUGACUACAAAGGUACAAAGUUGGUUCAACUGCAACUUUCCAGCACUGUCUCAGAGCAAUGGUUUCUCAAAGUUAUUUUUUUCCAGCUAGGUUUCCGUACCCACAAUUGCAUUCACUUUUUGUCUUAUCCAGAGGGUAAAGACGGCAAUCCUAGUUUUAUUCUGCCAUGCAGAUUAGGAAGAUGAACUUCAGUGGUGGGGACAGGCAGGUAUCUUUUAUCACCUGUGAUGUCUUAUGGUAAAUAUAAGGAAGCCAGGUAUAAAAUCUUCAAGGCUGUUGCAGGGCAAUGAACAUUCUCAUAAUUUGGUGCACGCCUAAAUUAUAAAAAAUAGGAAUAGUAAAACUGCUUCCAGUCUCCAGUAUUAGAGCUGUCCAGAGUAGCCAAAUUCUAUUCUGGGUGAAUAGAAUAAAAUGGAAGCAGUAGCUGAAAACAAACCUACUGUUGCUAGCAUGUUGUUUUGAAGUUUUCUUUUUCAUUGCUGUACUUCUCAGGGAUUAGUUUCAGAAAACUAUUGAAGCAUUUUAGGGAAGGUAUCUGCCUGCUUGUGUUAGCAAAAAAAAUAAAAAAAAUAAUAACACCAGUGCUGAGCUGGUAAGCAUGUAAUAAUGGUUUAGUGCUACUGGAAGGAUUACCUUCUAUAAUUUAGUUGUUGGGUUUAAGACUGACUAUUCUGGAAGUAGCUUCUAUUGAUAUCAGCAAUGAAAAAAGGUGGCUUUGGCAUUAGAUUAUGUUAGUGGUGAUAGCAAACAGAAUUCCUUCCGCUAGCCUUUAUUGUAGGAAACCCUCCUGCUGUGCAUAAUUUCCAUACAGAACAGGGAACAUCCAUGGCUGCUGUAGAGAUUGAUUGCUGCAAAUAUCAGGAUCAAGUUAGAUGAGUUUUUUGGAACCUGGAUAGUGGUGCUGCCUUUAGACUGUUGGCUCCCAUUUCUGCAAACAUUUCCGUAUACC